AGAGCAUUCUUCCAAAUAAAGAUGGAAGAGAGCAGAGGAACCUCUCUCCUAUCAAAGAGGAAGCUGCAGAGCAGGGGGAAGACAAAGAAGUCUGUACUGUCAGCCCAUUUGGGACACGUAGACAGCCACCCAGAAACCCAGAGGACAGACCCAUUAGGCCUGCUGUCAAAGAAAGAGAGAAAACAUUUCAGGAAUUUGUGGAGGAACAGCUGAAAGUUGAUGAAUAUGCACAGCAAAACAACAAGCAGGACAGCAGGGGGGCCAGGAGAGUUGCAGAGAGGAGAUACUUCCUGAAGAAAGGGAAGGGAGUCUCCAGGAUAGAGAGGGGUAAGGACAGUGUGCAGCAGAAGACCUGGCGAAGGGCCUCCCUCUCCCUCAGCCAGCAGCCCAGGAAGGUGAGUUGUGGCAGCCAGCAGAGACGCUCAUCAGCCCCCUCCCUGCAGCUCAGUGACAGGACCGGACACAGGGUCAAGCCUUUACUGAUCUCCCAGAGGAGCUGCCCUGCUCUGACUGAGUCCUGGGAAAAGACAACAGGACCUGCCACACGAGAGAGAGACAACAGAGUUAAUCAAACGGCCAGACAUAAGAGGACACCAAAGCCCACAGAAAAUACUCAAAGCAAGGCCACUGAAAACACUGCAUCUAGUGUUGAUACUAGAGAGAGGAGAGAUCUGUUGGGCAUUACAACAUCCCGUAAACGGCUUGUGAGAUCGCCGUGUUUGACCUCCGUGGAGCUAAGUGAUGAGGUGGUGUCACAGAAUCAUGUGUAUGCUGCUAUGAGGGACCUUGUCCAUAAACAACUUGAGGUGAAGGAGCCACAUUUGGCAUUGCAGCCUGUUGAUAGUACUACACAGCCAAACAACAUGGGCCAACCUAAGGUCAAACCUCAGGCAGUAAAUGUUGGCUUCAAGACAGUCAACGACCAUAUAGUUAGAGUCACUGACAAUGGGCCGGUCUCAUCAGGGACUGCGGAUGGGGAAAAUGUCACACACUCCAAUUUCACCAAUAUUUCAAAAUCUCAAAGCGGGUCUACAGCAGUGAUGUCUCUCCUAUCUCUGAGUAGUUCUAACAGUGACGAGGACGAGGACAACCCUAACUCUCAGUGCCACAAGCAGCCCACCCUCCCGUCUCCCCCACGGCUCGGACACAAGGACCAGAACCUGGACCUGUCCGAUGGUGACUACGCCAGCGAUGCCCCCAGCGAGGCUGGGGAUAGCCUGCCCUCCAGACCUUUUCUCACCCACGGACCCACUCUCCACCACCACCCAUCUAGCUCCUGCUCCAGCAGUGACAGUGACACAGAGCUCCGGGACAUAAACUGGCACAAGACAGAACCACGUCCAUUGUACCCACAGUCUGCAAGGAAAACAAGCACAGAGAGAGCCCUGCCACUGGGGCGCAGCAGCAGCAGGGGAACAGACAUAAAGUCAAAACGUCCCUCCUCUGCAGAGCUCAAACCCAGCAUAGUCCCUAAAGUAACAUCUAUAACUAAAGAGACCGUGAAGAGCAGACAUCACCAGGGGUCCAAGCGGGCAAAUCAGACCGUGUCAAAGCCACACAGCAGUAAUCUAUUUGGAAUAAAAGCAGAAGAGAAUCAUGAUUUGUUGGACAAGAUGAAAACGGAACAAGAGAGAGCAAUGGAACUCCUCAGAAAGAGAAUGGACCAAAUAGAGUGCUGUGACAGAGAUGGCCACCACAGCAGUUAUGGAUCCCCAUUCGCCCAUACAGAAGGCCAAGUGUUGAAGAAUCAACCGUUUUCUCCUAAACUAGACGUUGGAGAUGGUCAGGAUCUCAGGCAGCAGAUUCUAGCUCUUCAGGAGCAGUUCUCUAAGAGGGAGUCCCACUGGUCCCAGGCUCAUCAUCUGCUGCAGAACCAGGUGGAAGCCCUGACCAGAGAGAAUGUGGAGCUGCGUGACAAGCUCAGUGCUCCUGAACACGGCCACCAAGAGGCAGGGAGGAGUCCUGACACAGUCACUGCAUCUCACAUAGGGGCAGAGAGCGCUGUGUCUGAGGAUAUUCAUAGAGCUACUAGUCAGAGGAUAAGGGAGAGGAGAUCUUCAAGUUGUUCCAGUCACAGUGGAAACCCAGCCAGAAGGUCAACAGUUGGCAGUUUUCCAGCUGCAAAGUCCAAGGUGCAGAUUCCUGAACAAAGGAAAUUGUCACAUAUGGUUUCUGAACCAGCUCCUUCAGUCGUCCACAGCAGAAGUGCUACUCCUGCAUUCAACAAAGCACCUGUCCAGAAGAGUGCAGCUUACAGUAAAAUGGACACACCUUAUCACAACUAUCCCACCAAUGCUCAAAGCACAAGGGAUUGGGGACCUGCCUCCUUAACAGGCCUUUCAUCAAAUUCAGUCAGUUUUGAGGACACCCAUCACACAAAUGACUGUCUCUUAAAGCAGCAUAAGAGCAACAGAGAUCAGGGUUUGGGUCGGUCAGUGGAAAAGGAGACGGAUGCGAAAGGUCGACAGAGCAGGAGCGCCACACCAUCAGUCAGCAAAUACUCCAGCUCAGAGUCAGAACACAGGGAACCACGUUUGAAUCCAGGAGCGAUGAGUGGUAACUUCACCCACACAACACACAAGGGCAUAAACAAUGACGUGUGUGAAGAAAUACACUAUCCAGAUGGUAAGAUAGAACAACUUUUCUCCAAUGGCUGGCGUGUAUUUACAUUCCGCAAUGGAACUAGAAAAGAGAUCACUGCUGACCAGAAGUCAGUAACUGUCACAUUCUUCAAUGGAGAUGUCAAACACAUACUGGCAGAUGGGAAAGUGGUGUACUACUAUGCUGAUGCACAGACAACUCACACCACAUACCCAACUGGUUUGGAGGUCCUGCAAUUUCCAAACAAGCAGAUGGAGAAACACCACCCUGAUGGAAAGAGGGAGAUCGUCUUCCCAGAUCAGACGAUAAAGUUCCUCUAUCCUGACGGCAGAGAGGAGAGCAUCUUCCCAGAUGGAACAGUGGUCAAGCUCUCAGAAAGUGGGGAGAAAACAGUGGAGUUCAACAAUGGCCAAAGAGAGAUCCAUACGUCCCAGUACAAGCGGAGGGAAUACCCUGAUGGAACAUUGAAGACGGUGUAUUCUAAUGGAAGGCAAGAGACCAAGUUCCCCUCGGGCAGAGUACGCAUUAAGGACAAGGAUGGCAUUGUCAUAAUAGACAAGAAAUGAAGAACAUAUGUUUUAUGUUUUUCAAGCCUUUAUACCAAAUUAGCAAUGCUCCAUUGUGUUUGACUGUAGCUAUUUUCCUGUGGCAUAUUUGAUCAUUUUCUAAGUGCUUGUGUGUAAACAGACAUUUUUAAAUUGUAUAUGUUUAUUAUUCAUAAAUCAUUGUACACUAAAUAAGUACUACUAAUCAAUACAAUACAUUUGUGUUGAAACUAUUUUGUAGAGAUCUUUGAAUGUCCAUACUGCUCUCUUGAAGGAAUAUAUUUCUUAUUUUUGCAUGGCAAUGUCAUAACCUUCUUGACCUCUUCAUUUGUGUCAGCAGGAUUCUUAUGUUGCACAGAAUGACAGAUUAUUCAUGAGGUCCUCACAUAUCCCUUGCCUCUCAAACAACAAGACUGACAUGUAGGUUAGGGCUAAUAACUUACUGACCUGGGCCCGGUUUCCUGCUGAGGAGUAUUUCUGUCUGUAAUAAAGCCCUUUUGUGGGGAAAAACUCAUUCUGAUUGGCGACUGGCUCUUCAGUGGGUGGGACCCCUGCCCAGGCAUGUGAAAUCCAUAGAUUAGGGCCUAAUGAAUUAAUUGAAACUGACUGAUUUCCUUAUAUGUAUGUAACUCAGUAAAAUCUUUGAAAUUGUUGCAUGUUGCAUGUUGCGUUUGUAUUUUUGUUCAGUAUAGAUACAAAAUAGGUUAUUUUGAAAUUGUGGACAAAUUACAAGGUUGCUUUUCCAUAUAAUGUGUGUUUAUACUGUAUACUUUCGUGUUUUUACACAUUAAUGUUUAG